AUAGCUGUCAAAGCUUUUAAUACGCCAACGGCGGGAGUCAGUUCACAAGCACCGACAGCUGCGGCGCUCAACAAGCUUAUGUAAACUCGACUCGCGGAACUGCAACUUAGAGGAUGUUUAAUAAUCUGGAUGUCACGGAUUAAUAUGGGAUAAGGCGCCAAGGAAAUGGAAUAAGACAUGUACGCACCAAUUUCAGAGGAAGACAGCUUUCUUCCUGCUAUUCUGUGGAGCAAUCCUUCAAAACAACUCGAACAUGUUCGAGGUUAUUACGAACGACAGCGUCAGUUGAAUUUAGUGCUCGAUCGAAACUUGGAAGACAUUCGAAUGGCGUACUCUAGGAAGCUGUGUACUGAAAGAAAUCGGCUUAGCAAGUCCCUGUGGGAGAUAGAGGUUAGGAAAAGGAAAUUACUGCAUCAGAUUUUGGAGUCACAAGCGAAACGUGAGGCGACAUGGCGAAAGCAGUCUAUAGCUGGACCAAAAAAGCAUCGAAUAAGGCACAAAGAGAGUGAAGAGGAAAAUAAGUUGCGGAAGGGAUAUAAUAAACAUGGCAAGCACACUUCUAACGAGCGUCAAAACAGGCAGCAAGAAAGAACUGGGAAAGAAAAGCCCAAAGAUAAAGAAAGCUCUGGAGGAGAAUCUGAACAGUUAGUGAUACCCAAAUUUCUUCUUCGUUGAAAUCAAGUUAUGUAUACCCGCAGCGAAUUCACGUUGCUAAGACACGGAAAAUGAAAUAUUUAUCAAACCGAGGUAAAUACGGAAAUUAUUCCAUCAUAAGGGAAGCCAAUUUCAGAUCAUUAGAAUUAACAGUGAAAUAUUUGAAAAAUAAAAAGAGAGUCAAUUCAAAAGUACAAAAACUCUCUCAAAAAUUUAAACUUCUGCUUCACCAAAAUUUUAUUUACAAGGAAAUGAUUGAUACGUAUUUUUCUGUGUUAUUUCAGCUGCAUAGUUAUUGAAUUUUCAAAAUUCUAUUCAUGAAGGAGAGGAGUGACAACCGUUGGAAACGCUUUAAGUGAAUAUUACCUUUCUCAAGUACAUUUAUUCGAUCAAAACUGGCGACUCUAAUGAUAGGGUACUUCUUAACACUAAUAAAAACAUUUUUGAAGUGGACGUAGAUGUUAAACAUAGAAAAGAAAAUCCGUCAAAACAAGCAUCUAAUAAACUAAGAACAUUAUUUAUCUUUUCAAUAUCAGCUUAUUACUGCCGCAAAGAAAAAAGUACACAAACAUGAAAACGUUCAUUAAAUCUUGCAAACUCUCUGUUUCCUUCGUCUUCCACUUCGCGCCAAGCUAGUUUAUUCGAGAUUCACUAUUAAAUAUUUAGUUCGGAUUCAUAAUCGACGUAUUCGAAAUAAGAACUUUAGCUUGGCCGGUCAAGACUUCAAAGAAGCCUUUACAUAAAUCUCUUAAACUAACAUGUUGUGCAAAUAGGUUCGAAGAAAAUGGACAAAAGAGAAAAUCUUCAGAUAAACAAAAGUAAUUUAAGCUUUAUUGCUGGAGGGGCUGUUGUACUCAAUUCUGGCCGCCUGAUUUUGUUCAAAGUUAAGAGUUUUAACCAAUAACGUAGGACAGCAAUCAAAAAGAGGGCUAUAAUAGACACUAUUAAUGCAUUAGCUAAGUGCAUUGCGCUGUUAAAUGCGGCGCUAAGACACAAUGGGGAGAUUAAGGGAAACUGGGGUAGCUAUCUCUGCUGUUUAAGAUUCAAUAAGGAAGAAAAGCGUUAAAAGCUUUCUUUUUGUUAAGUGC